AUGAGAGAGAAACGCCUAACGGUUUUCAGCCCUUUCCGGGGAAGAGAGAUUGGAGGGGAUGAAACCAGUGCUUUGCUACCUAAGGUAAAUCCUCCUCAUUUAUUUUGUCCAUCUAAUGUACAGGGCUUGUCACCAAAUCCUACUGGAGAAGAAGAAAUGGGCUGGCCUAGGAAGCAGGCAAGACAUUGGCACCCCCUCCAGACUGCUUAUCACUCUCUGGACUCCUUUAGUAGCUGUGUGAAAUACUUGAGCUUCUUUUGGAACUUGGUUUUCUUCGUGGCAGGGUUGCUCAUUUUGGCCAUAGGGAUCUGGGGUCUUUUUCACAAGGAGUCCCUGGCAAGUGAGCGGAUAACCUAUUUGGGCAGCGACCCGAUGCUCUUCUUCGUAUUAGCAGGUCUAGUAGCCAGCACAAUGUCUCUGCUGGGCUGUCUGGGGGCCCUCUUUGAAAACACCUGCUUUCUGAAGCUUUUGUGUGGAGGAAUCAUCACCUUUAUGAUCAUGGAAGUCUUGGGUGCAAUCAUAUUCUUUUCUCUGAGACAUCAGAUUAAGGCCUCCUUGCAAGAUUCCCUCACGGCAGCAGUGCUACGGUACCAGGACGACGCAGAUCUCCAAUUUAUUAUGAAUGAAAUUCAGGCGGGUCUGCAGUGCUGUGGUGUGGAGUCUUACCAAGACUGGAAGACAAAUUUGUAUUUUAACUGCAGCUCUCCGGGUGUGCAAGCCUGUGGCGUUCCAUCUUCUUGCUGCCUGGAUCCCCUGGAAAAUGGCACCAUCCUAAAUUCCCAGUGUGGCUUUGGUACCCUGGGCCUGGAGGAGUUUGCAGCUCAGAGCAUCAUCUAUCUCGGGGGCUGCGUGCCCCAGCUGAGCAGAUGGCUUGAUGAUCAUACUGGAGCAAUCAGCUCCUAUUUUGUGUUUCUAAUUGUGAUUGAAAUAGGAAGCUUAUUACUAGCCACUAAGCUCCAGGCAGACUUUGCAUUUGCUAAGACUCGGUGUUAG